AUGCAGCAGAGUGUAGAAUCUACUGUACAAGUUAGGAUUGAUAUUGUUGCCAAGGUUUCGCGCGAGUCUGCAUCGAACACAGUGGAGAUAAGUCUAACGCGCGAGUUCGAAGAGCUUUUCGUACGCAAGCUUGAUGGAAACCUCGUCCAUGUGGAAUCAAACAUAGCUACUCCAUUCCCAAUCCCUUAUCUACGCUUAAACAGCAUCUUUAGCUUUGAUCCCCGCAUCAUCUAUCCUCGCCUCUAUUCAGCUCUCCAAGAUCCUGACUUGUGCGAUCAUCUAUCCGCCAAGAUCGCUUCCGAAGCCGAGCCAGUUGCAGGGCCUUCAUUCGUUCCUUGUGAGUUGUGA